GCCGCUUGAAGUGGAACUUGGUCUUGAGAGCAGUUCGCAGUUCGCAUUUCCUUCAACUCCAGCAUUUAAUACUUCCCACAAUCGAUUACUGGUUUGCCGAUGCAGCCUCUUUCGCCACAACCUGUGGAAGUCAUCGUGUCUUUCCAUCAACCUUGAAUUUACAAAAUCCAAGCUGUUCCCAGCAGAAAACAAAGCCGCUAAAAAUACCUACUGGUACUGCGACAAAUUCCUCCUCUCUCACACCUGCGAAUACCGAUUUGGACCUCCACCUCUGCUGGAACCCUACAAUUCCUCUCAUUAUUCCUCCUCGUCGACCGCAGACAUACAUACAUUACAGCUAUGGCAAUGAGCCAGUCCCCCCAACUAUCCCCCAUCAUGGGCGGAUCUCAUAGAAACGACCACCAACAAUCCAAUUCCCCACCUCAACAACAGCUCUCAAAAAGGGAUAAGAAACGCACUCUCCUAGCCGAACGUCUCGCAAGUAUAACGUCACAAUUUUCUGUCGAUCGAGAUUUGCAUUAUCGCGAGCAACUCCAAGCGCUUCAAAUCGACACGAACCUCAUUUUGGAGGCUGGCGCCCAUGGCAAUGAACAGCUGCGCAAUCAACCACAGGAUAUCGAUGACCUUGUCAAGGAAAACAUAUUUAAGACAAUGAGGAAAUCGGUUGGCUCGCCUAUCCCUCCAAGAGCCGGCAAAAUAUACGCAGACUUCGCGAAAGAGGUCAAUGACGCUAUCGAGGAGAGGGAUACUUCUUUAACCAUGCACAAGGUAUACGAUUAUCUAACAACUAAUAGGAAUUGUAUGACUGACUACAAGUAGCGAGAUUUUACCAUCAAGUUGAGUGAGCUCGAAGCAGCGCAUGCCUACAGGCUCAAACUCGCAGAGAACGAACACAAAAGCCUAUCCGAAACCCUCCGCGAUCGAUUGCACAACAGUAUCGCAAGCAAAAAGGCUCGACUUGCUAAGGAAAAAGAGACUCUGGAAGUUGGUGAAAGCAAUGCGCUUCUGUUAUACCCAAGCCAGUACGGAAUCGCAAAUCCCUCAAGUCCUGGGUGCAUUCACAAUAAACGUGCGACGAGACACCGUCGCGAUGCAGAAGAAAUGCCAACAUUUGGAGAGAGUAACAAGCGGAAGCGCAAAGCUAUAGAUAGUGACGAGUCACCGGCUCCUACAAGACAACGCAUCGAUAAUGGGACCACCACACCAAUCUGGUUCGCUGAAAAGCAUGCCAUGCACAGCGCGCAAAUCGAAUCCCAUCUAUAUAGUGUUGAUAAACUCUUUACCGAAAAAGAAUUAAGUAUGAACUACAAUGUAGCGGCUUUAGCUGCGCAUACUCAUAUGCAACGUCACCCACCCUUCGCAGAAGAAGGCGAAUCUCCUCCCAAUGGCAAGCCCGAAUCGAACUCGGAGCAUGAGAAGGGUAUCGCCGCAAAUGAGCAAGGAAAUGAAGAGGCAGAAUCCCCAGCUGGGGGUGCCAUGAUGGAGAGGCAAUAUUCGCAUGCCACUCGCAGUACCAGAGGCGCAAACUUCAUUACUGGCAUGGGCGUCGAUGCCUUCUCCGAUAUCAAUUACCCUGGAAAUCUACAAGCUCUCACAAGACAAAUACCGAAGCUACCUCCCCUUCUUGCAAUUCAAAAGACAAUUGGAAAAGGCGAGGCUGCAAACCAACCUGCCCCACUUGGGGCUGAAGAUGCGGCUGCGGAGUUGGAUUUGAUCCGUCGCGCACGGUCGUACAACGACAAGGAGGGUUUUGGGAAGAAUCUCGAUGUCGACAACGGUGGAAGAACGUUGCUAGAAAAUGUUGCGAUUCCCCGUUUAUUUAAUUAUUACGUCAAGACCGAUGAGAAGAAUCGUUACAUAAGAACAAGCAACGAACGGGAUGACGAGGAUCGUAUGAGUGGUGAGAUAACGGAAAAGCAACUGAGCCAAGCAGCCAGCGAUCUUGGAGGUGUUCCCAUGAGUCGUCAAGCUACUGGUGAGGGUCAGAGUAGUCGAGGUCGAAGGAUCAAACAUAGGGGCGAAUGAGUGCGUGAACUCUGUUCUGUCCGAUUUGCCAUUUUCAAGUGUAAUUAUGGAUGGGCGUUUUCUUCGUUUAGGAAUUUGUGGAUAGGGGUAGGUGGAUUGGUGGCGUUUGGGUGAUGAAUGGCUUACACACAAGUCGUUUCCCUUUUUUUCUUCUCGGUUUAUCUGAUGAUUCCAGGGCACCGAGGUCCCUCUGAUAUACUCGCACAACGGCAUUUUCAGUUUCUCUAGGGUGGCGAUCUUUGUUUGGGGGAGUUUUGUGGGUCAGGUUUGUGUUUAAGGGUGAUAGUACAGAAUCACAAAUAGAAAUUUGAGUUUGUUAUAAUGA